AUGCCAUUUGGGUGCCUUGCCCUGCGAGAUGGGCGGAAUUACAAUAGCAUGUCUGAUGUCACGGACAAAUAUGAGAUUGGACAGGUCCUCCGAGCGAAGGAGUUCUGCGAGCUGUGCCUGGCUAAGGACAGACAGACAGACAAGGUGUUUGUCUGCAAGAAAUUCCUCAAGAAAGACGGCAGGAAAGUCCGCAAGGCUGCCAAGAACGAAAUCAUGAUCCUGAAAUUGGUCAACCAUCCAAACAUCCUGCAGCUCAUAGACACAUUUGAGACCCGGAAAGAAUACUUAAUCAUCCAGGAACUAGCCACAGGAGGAGAUGUAUUUGACUGGAUUCUGGACCAAGGGAAUUACACAGAGAGAGACGCUUCCAAUGUCAUCAGACAGGUCCUCGAGGCUGUGGCAUACUUACACUCCCUCAACAUAGUUCACAGGAACCUGAAGCUGGAAAACCUGAUGUACUACACAGAAAACAACCACAACAAAGUAGUUCUGCGAGAUUUCUACCUCUCCCGGUUUGAGAACGGAUCUCUCACAGAGCCUUGUGGAACACCAGAAUACUUGGCUCCUGAAGUGGUGGCUCGUCACCGUUAUGGUCGUCCCGUGGACUGCUGGGCUGUGGGUGUCAUUAUGUUCAUACUGUUGUCAGGCAACCCUCCUUUUUAUGAUGAAACAGAGGAGGAGAACACAGAUCUACAUAAUCGCAUUAUCUUCUGUCGCAUUGUUGGCGGUGAAUUUGAGUUUGAUUCUCCACACUGGGAUGACAUUUCACCUGCAGCUAAGGAGCUUGUCUGUCGACUCAUGGAAGUGGACCAAAUGCUGAGAAUCACCGCGCAGGAUGCACUUUGGCAUGAAUGGAUUGCAGGGAAUGGUGCAUCAGAGAAGAACCUAAAGGAUGGUGUGUGUGCCCAGUUUGAGAAGAACUUUGCAAAGGCCAAAUGGCGGAAAGCGAUCCGUGUCACCACCUUCAUGCAACGAUUAAAGAAUUCAGAAGCACUGAUUGACAGUUCAGCCGAGGCUCAGGGCAGUGAGGAGACAGGAGAUGGUGAAGGCGGUGUGUCACAGGGAACAAGUGAUGAGGGAGACAAAGGGACAAGUGAUGGUGGGGUUACUUCAAGUAGUGUAUCUUUAGAAGUCACUGUUGAAAAUACACCGGUGGGUAUGGCCCAGGAUGAGGGGAGGAGUAAGGUCAAAGAAAAACAUGAUGAGGUGAAGAUGAGUAUGGGCCCAUCGGUAGGAACUUCCCAAUCAGAUAUUCUUGAACCUUCGUGUCAACAAAGCCAAACAAAUGCAGCCCCAAAACUCCUACAGGAGGAGCCUGAUAAGGCUGGUGCAAAGAAAACAGCAGGUGAUGGAACCAGGAGAAUUGCUGCUAAUUUGGGUAAAAAUAAAGUUGUUCCAGAAUCCAAACCGACCCCUGUGAUGACAGCUGAUCCCUCCAAGGUGUCAGACAGUUCUUCAGGCAUUAUACUUGACAAAAAACACACAUCCGCCUCCCCUGAUCCCAGUGGCAAACGUAAGAUGGCUGCAACACUCCAUGGCCUUCCACCCACAGCCCCUACAGCUGGAACCGACUCAACAGAGAAGAGGCCAGCCACACAGAGGGAGCCGAAGGAUGCGACUGACGGAAGCUGGUGUCAGACACAAGUACCUGAGGCAGUGGCAGAGCGGUCAGUGGCAGUCACUCCAGCAAUGGGGCCUGGAACUGGGGUGGAUGUAGUACCAGAAGUUAGGUUAAGAGGUGAUGCUAGCCCAGUAGGUGGAAGGGACAGGGAUGCCAGGACGACAGACAGAUACAGCGCUGAGUUUAGCAUAGCAAGGCCAGGUCCUGCAACAGGACAGGGUUGUUAUGCCGUAGGCAGCUCUGCUAGUUUGGGCCGUCAUGCCACACCUUACAAUCCAGAAAUUGCUACUGUAGGGAUGGGGAUGGCAGGGUGCUAUGGGAAUCCAUAUAGUUCCCUGUAUACAAGCGGAGGAGGGGUAGGGAUGUAUGGGACUGGGCUACCACAUGGAGGAGGCGGGAGCAGCGCUACGAGCGACUGGCAAAUGGACAGUGUGAUCGAGCAGAUAGAAAAGCAAAUGGCCGCAGUGCUGGAGAAGAUUGAGGGAGACAUGCCCUCGCUGCUUGAGCAAAUCAGUGACUGUCCUGCUGAACCACCACUUGCCAGGAGCACACACGCCUCGCCUGCCACCUCCCGUGCACGCUCCUCACAGCACUCCACGACUGCAACCUCAGCCACUCCUCCGCCUCUUCCAACUUCUCCCAGGCCCGUGCUGCCAUCUAUCCCUCGCCUUACUAUCCCUCCACCCUCUUAUCCCCCACCCUCCCCACCCACACAAUCCUCACCCCAGGUUGCAGGAGAGCAGGAAGAAACAGAUGGACAUAGGGAUGCUGCUUGUUCCAGCCAGUCCCCCAGAGCUGGGAUGGGUAGGGGGCUAUGA